CUGCCACGUCAUCCGAUAUUCCGUCAUUGAAUAAUUCAGAAACAAGAUGGCAGCGUCCGUCAGAGAAAAACAGGCAGCUGCUUUGAAGCGGAUGCUAAAUUUCAAUGUUCCUCCAGUGAAAAACAGUGCAUCAGAGCCAGUAUGGAAGGUGCUAAUUUAUGACAGAUUUGGUCAGGAUAUCAUCUCGCCUCUGCUUGCAGUGAAAGAGUUAAGAGACAUGGGGAUCACACUGCACCUCCUGUUGCACUCUGAUAGAGACCCCAUCCCAGAUGUUCCAGCCAUUUAUUUUGUUAUGCCAACAGAAGAAAAUAUUGACAGGAUAUGUCAGGACCUUCGGAAUCAGCUUUAUGAAUCUUACUACUUGAACUUUAUAUCUGCAAUUUCAAGAAGUAAAUUGGAAGAUAUUGCAAGUGCGGCCUUGGGAGCUAAUGCAGUAAACCAGGUUACAAAGGUUUUUGAUCAGUAUCUGAACUUUAUUACACUGGAAGAUGACAUGUUUGUACUCUGCAACCAAAACAAAGAGCUCAUCUCGUACCAUGCCAUCAACAGAUCCGAUAUCAUGGACACAGAUAUGGAGAUCAUCAUGGACACAAUAGUUGACAGUCUGUUCUGCUUCUUUGUUACAUUAGGUGCUGUUCCCAUAAUAAGAUGUCCAAGGGGGAACGCUGCUGAAAUGGUAGCAGUGAAACUGGAUAAGAAGCUCCGUGAAAACCUAAGAGAUGCGAGAAAUAGCCUUUUUACUGGGGACACCAUCGGGGCUGGACAAUUCAGCUUCCAAAGACCUUUGUUAGUUCUUGUGGACAGAAACCUAGAUUUGGCCACCCCACUGCACCAUACAUGGACGUAUCAGGCCUUGGUACAUGAUGUUUUGGAUUUCCAUUUGAACAGAGUAGACAUGGAAGUGUCCACUGGUCCCGAAAACUCACCAGCUGGUGCAAGACCAAAGAAAAAGAACAAAAAAAGCUAUGACUUGACAGCUGCUGACAAGUUUUGGCAAAAACAUAAGGGCAGCCCUUUCCCAGAAGUAGCAGAGUCUGUACAACAGGAAUUGGAUACAUACAGGGCCCAAGAAGAUGAGGUUAAGCAUCUUAAAAGCAUCAUGGGGCUAGAAGGAGAGGAUGAAGGAGCAAUCAGCAUGUUAUCUGAUAACACAGCAAAGCUUACCUCUGCAGUAAGCUCCCUUCCAGAGUUGCUUGAGAAAAAGAGACUUAUUGACCUUCAUACAAAUGUUGCAACAGCUGUGUUAGAACAUAUUAAGACUCGCAAACUUGAUGUUUACUUUGAGUGUGAAGAAAAACUGAUGAGCAAAUCUACGCUGGACAAGUCUUUACUGGACACGAUCAGUGACCCAGAUGCGGGCACUCCUGAGGAUAAGAUGAGACUGUUUCUGAUCUAUUACAUCAGUUCACUACAGCCACCCUCAGAGUUUGACCUGGAACAGUACAAAAAAGCAUUAACUGAUGCUGGGUGUAACCUUUCUCCUUUAAACUACAUCAAGCAAUGGAAAGCUUUUUCCAAAAUGGCUGCAGGGCCAACUAACUACGGCAGCAGUGGAACUAAAACAAUGGGUCUGUUUUCAAGGGUAAUGAAUUCAGGAUCCCAGUUUGUGAUGGAAGGAGUGAAGAAUCUAGUAUUGAAGCAACAAAAUUUGCCAGUGACUCGCAUCCUGGACAGCCUCAUGGACAUGAAGUCCAAUCCUGAAACGGAUGACUACAGAUAUUUUGAUCCCAAAAUGCUUCGAGGCAGUGAAAGUUCUGUCCCAAGAAACAAGAAUCCAUUCCAAGAGGCAAUUGUAUUUGUGGUUGGUGGAGGAAAUUACAUUGAAUAUCAGAAUCUUGUUGAUUAUACUAAGGCAAAACCUGGAAAACAUGUGCUAUAUGGAUGCAGUGAACUCUUCAAUGCCUCCCAGUUUCUAAAACAGUUAUCACAGCUUGGGCAGAAAUAGAACAAUGAAGAUUUGCGUUUUCAGCAUCCACCUUCGCUAAGAUCUUCAAGAGUUCAAAUAAUGCCCUUUAUUCAAAGACAACCUCUGUAACUUUCCUCUAGUAUCUUAAGCCAUGGUGUUUCAUGUAUUUGAUAAUGUCUGAUAAACUUUGCUAUUUUAAAACCUUUGCUUAAUUUCAUUCCUGUACACACAAAGCAAAUAAAAUUAACUAACAAUGAAACAUUAUUGAUA